AGUGAUGCUGCAACAAUGGUUAGUUGCCUACAUAUCUUAGCUCAGACUCUAGAUACAAGAACAGUUAUGAAAUCUGGUUCAGAGAUGGUUAAAGCAGGAUUGCAUGCCUUCUUUGAAAAUGCUGCAGAAGAUCUAGAGAAGACAUCAGAAAACCUUAAACUUGGAAAAUUUACCCAUUCCCGAACUCAGAUUAAAGGAGUCUCACAAAAUAUCAACUAUACAACAGUGGCACUGCUGCCUAUCUUAACAUCCAUUUUUGAACAUGUCGCUCAGCAUAAUUUUGGUACUGAUUUGCUUUCCUUUUCUGCAAACUUGCUGCUCUUGUUAGACAUAGAAUUUCACUGUUUGAGGUUUAUGGAUUAUGUUAACAGCCCCAACUGA